UUUCAUCCGCGCAUGUUUUGUCGCCCCAAACGUCAACGUUUUGACCGGUGUUGUGAAACGUGAUGGAGUUCUCUAUGAAAAACUUUAAAUUUUACCCAAUUUGCCCGACAUUUUUAGUGCUGUUGAGUGUCACAUGCAGUUCCGAGGUGUCCAGGCCUCGCGGGGUUUCACUAUCGAGAGCUUCUUUAUACAAUCCAGAUCGUAAUUUUUUAUGUUUUGAUAACAGCAAAAGCAUACCUUUUUCGCAAGUAAAUGACGAGUAUUGCGACUGUCCCGAUGGCAGCGACGAGCCAGGGACGUCGGCGUGCCCCAAUGGGGUUUUUCACUGCACCAACGCCGGCCAUAAACCCUUGAAUUUAGCCGCGAGCCGAGUUAACGACGGGAUUUGCGACUGUUGUGACGGGAGCGAUGAAUACGCCGGAAACACUGUGACCACGUGCCCCAACAUUUGCCUGCAAUUGGGGCGACACGCCAGAGAGGAAGCCCAAAAGCUGGCGGAAAUUAUCAAAGCCGGCAAACAGCUCAAAGCUGAGCUUAGCCAGAAAGGUUUGAGACUGAAAGAAGAGAAGAAGGAGAAGUUGGUGGAGUUGCAAAAGAACAAAGAAGAGGCUGAGAAAGUUAAAGCCGAGAAACAGAGAAUUAAAGAUGAGAUUGAAGCGCUUGAAAACAAGUCACUUGAAGUUUACCGGAAGCUGGAAGAGGAAGAGAAGCAGCGCAAAGCUGAGGCCGAAGCACAGAAAACGAGACAGGAGGCCACUGAAACGUUCACGAAAUUUGAUUCCAAUCAGGAUGGCUUAGUUGAUAUUGCAGAGCUCCAGACGAGACAAUCAUUUGAUAAGGAUAGGAACGGCGAAGUGUCGGUGGAAGAAGCUAAGUAUUUUUUGAACAAUCAAGAAUCCGUGGACCUUGAAACAUUUAUAUCAGACGCUUGGGCUAACAUUAAGCCUUAUCUAAUGAUGGAUGCUGGUUUAUUCAAACCACCGGUCCCCCAGGAUGGUGAAGCUGAAGACUUGCAGGACGGAGACGACGAGCAUGACGGUGCUCCAGAGGGCGAUGAAGGAGAGGAGGAGGAAGAGCCAUACCAGCCUGAGGAAGAACCAGAAGAAACGAAACUGCAGUACGAUGAAGAAACGCAGAAAAUUGUAGACCAAGCCACCGCUGCGCGGAACGAGUUUACCGACGCGGAGCGCGCAGUGAGGGAAAUUGAGUCAGAAAUUGGCAAUAUUAACGACUACCUAGAGAAGGAUUUUGGGCCCGAGGAAGAAUUUGCGACCCUUCAAGGGGAAUGUUUCGACUACACCGACCAUGAGUACAUUUACAAACUGUGUCCCUUUGAAAAGGCGACACAACAGCCCAAAUCCGGCUCUUCUGAGACCAGAUUAGGAACGUGGGCGAGAUGGAACGGCCCUGAAGACAAUAAAUACGGUUCCAUGCUGUACGACAAAGGGCAGAGCUGCUGGAAUGGCCCUCCGAGGUCGACAAAAGUGAAUAUUGUGUGCGGUACUGAAAGUAAAGUGACUGCGGUUUCUGAACCUAAUAGGUGCGAAUAUUUGUUCGAGUUUGUAACGCCUGCAGCUUGCAGAGAAAUUCCAAGUGAAGCUGAUGAUUUACACGAUGAAUUGUAGAGUUUUCUAAUUGUGAAUUUAUAACUUUUAUAUAAUCCAUGGUAGUUUGUACAUACAUUUCCUAAAAAUUUACAGUAAUUUUCAAGUAUUGCGCAUUGUGAGAUAGGUAAGUUUGGUAGUUUGUUUAUUUUGUGUGGCGGAAAAUCAGUGAUAAUUUAAGACCAAGAACUUUGUUAUUAGUGGAGGAUCAUGUUUAAGAAAAAAUUUAAAUAAAAGUUUUGAAUUAAAACCA